CGGUCACGUGCCUCGCGCCGCCUUUGUCCCGCCUCUGGCGGUCCCGGAUUCAAUGCCUCGCCUCGGCCAGCUUCCAAGCAAGCCAAGUGUGGCUUAUACCGCCUGAGUAAAGAAUAUCAUCAUAUAUAUAUAUUUAUUCAUCUCUUUAUUUAUAGUUUUAAAAAUCACAAAGCCGUGACACCCUUUAUGCGCGUGGUCCCCGCGGGGUAUGAGCAGCUUAUCGAUGGGCAGCAUGGCUCCAAGCCAGACCCUGUACUGGUGACGGGGGACAUGGGAGUCUUCCUCAGGGCAUCCAGGCUUAGAACAAGUGACCACCCCGGGGACGGCAUCAAUCAGGAUCGAGGGUCCAGCUUCUUCGCCUGCAGGACACCUCCACAGGGCAGUGUGUAUCAGGUUCCGGGCUUUUGGUAGACACUCCGAGCAGCCUCCUCUAAUGAGGAUGUCUGAUACUGUUGCUGUGAAAGCAGCGACUGAGACCAUGAGAGUUCCAGAGGUUGAAGAGAGCAACUUGAUGCACCAGGAGAGGCUGGCAAGGUCAGGGAGCCAGCAGAACGUCGAUCCUGAUAAGGAUGAAAGCAGCUGUGAUGGCAAGGGCGACACCCAGAGGCAAACUGUAAACCCUGGACAGACAGCAAAGAGGUCCAAGUCUAACGCAAAGUUAAAGUUAGUCCGGAGCCUGGCUGUGUGCGAAGAGCCCUCACCUCCCCCUAGCACUGAGCUGCCACAAGAACACCAGGACAAAACCCAGUUCUCCCAGUCGUUUGACAAAGAACAGGGGAGCAAGGAUGAAGGCGAGAAGGAGAAAAGCACAGAUAAGCCAGGGAAGUCUGAGAAAAUGCCACGGAAGAUGCUGUCAAGAGACUCAAGUCAGGAAUACACAGACUCAACUGGCAUCGAUCUCCACGAGUUCUUAGUGAACACUUUGAAAAACAACCCCAGGGACAGAAUGAUGCUGCUGAAGCUGGAGCAGGAUAUUCUUGAUUUUAUCAGUAAUAAUGAGAGCCAGAAGAGAAAAUUUCCUCCCAUGACAUCGUACCACAGGAUGUUGCUGCACAGAGUGGCUGCCUAUUUCGGACUAGAUCACAAUGUUGACCCCACUGGAAAGUCUGUCGUCGUCAACAAAACCAGCAACACAAGAAUUCCCGAUCAGAAGUUUUCGGAGCACAUAAAUCCGGACAAAACGGAUGAUUUCCAGAAGCGGUACAUCCUUAAGAGAGAGAACGCCAGCUUGGACAAGGAUGACAAUGUGAUGCGCAUGCGACUGAAGGAGGACAGGAGGAGCAAAUCCAUAGAGGAGCGAGAAGAGGAGUACCUACGCGCCAGAGAGAGAAUCUUCGCACAAGAUGUGAGGCUCAUAGCAGGACAGUUUGGUUCAAAGCCUAGGAGCUACAUGGCAGUGCAUUUGUUGAUGAUGGGUCAAGAUGGCUUCCCAUUAGAUAAAAGGAUCCAGGAGGAUGAUGCAGCCAACAGCACAACACAGCAGAGGCGGCAGAUUUUUAGAUCGAAGGAGAGCCGGUCGGCAAACAGCCGGCAAAGCAGUUCAGAGAAUGAGGCCAGAUACUCGGAGCCGCGGCCAUGGAGCAGCACAGACUCCGAGAGCUCCAACCGCAACCUGCAACUGGCUAUGACCAAGGCCAGCAGCUUCAGCGGAAUCUCGGUCCUGGUUCGUGGCGACAGCUCAGCCAGCAGCAAGAGCGCCGGUCGGCUCUCAAAAACAGGUUCUGAUUCUUCUAGUAGCGUAGGGUCGUCCACCGGUUCUCUCUCUUGCUCCCAGCCGCUCUUGGCUGCCCCGGCUCAUACCCGGGCCAGCCAGACCACGACUGCUCCUGUGGCCUACCCUACCAUCAGCGCCAGUACCUCUGUGUCCUAUGAGGCAGGCCGGACCACUCCGAUUGCGCCCACCGCUAACACUAGCUACUUUUUGCUUCCACUGGAAGCUGCAGGGAUACCACCUGGCAGUGUUCUGGUGAACUCAAACACAGGUCAGCCUUUACUGAGUGCCGAUGGAGGCGCAGUGCUCUAUGCCCCCACUGAGGCUCCCCAGCAGGGUAGGACCCAGCAGCCGCUGCCUUCCCCUAUGGUACCACCCCCAGCACCGCCCAGCCAGCACCUGCACCAGCCCUUGAACCACAUGCUCCCUCAGCCGAUGGGGUCCGUUCACCCCCCAGCGCAGCCUGUCCUGUACUCGGCACUUUCGUACCCACCUCCGCUCCUGCCUAUGUCCCCUAACCAACCAUACACUGUGCCAGACAACCUGGGAUCCCAGUUCAGCCACAUGAGCCUAGCCCGGCAGCCGUCCGAUGGCCCUGACGCUCACGCUGCCGUGUACCCCCCCUCGAUGGUGCUUCAGCCCCCUCAACAGGGGGGCUACGUGGUGCCCCCUCCUGGCCAGCCCAUUGCAACCCCAGCCUACUCAGUGUCCGGUCCCCCGGCAACCCAGCCUGUCCUACAGCAGCGGGCGUACAUGCAACAGAUACCCGGCUGUCACUGCGCUCCGGGCAUGUACCCUCACAGCCCAACAUAUCGGCCUGUCGCUGCAGUGCACUACAGCGGGCCACAAAGCCAGCCGCCACCCCCACCCCCAGUCGCCCAGCAGUCAGGCUUCCUUGCUGUGAUGCCCAGUCAGCUGCAGGGUUUCCAGAGCAUGGUGGGAGUCCAGCAGUCUCUGAGCCAGAACCUUGUCAGCUCUCAGCCUGGUGGUGUGGGAAGUCAGAUGCAAGGCAUGAUGGUGCAGUACCCACCAAUGCCACCUUACCAGGUCUCUGUGCCCCAGGGUUCCCAGGGUGUCAGUCAGCAGACGUACCCACAGACGAUCAUCAUCCCUAGCCAGUCUGGCCAGGGUCACCAGCCUGUUCCUGGUGUGCAGGUCUACUACAGUGUGGUCCCACACACUCAGCAGAGUGCCAUGAGCUCUUCUAUGGGCUUCCUACCCCCUCCUGGGUCAGAACAGAUGCCCUUUCCCCGGACCUCCCCACCCUGUGGCUCCCAACAGAUGCCCGGGCAGCAGUGCACAGGUGUCCCCCAGACUCAUGGCAAUGGGGUGCUCAUGAUGCAGCUGAUGCUGCCCCCCAACCACCAGCCCCGGGCGCACUCGCCCCCCCAGUGGAAACACAAUAAAUACUACAGCCUAGACCACCAGAGGAGCCAUAAAUCGAUCGAACUCGCUACCCUCGACUCCUUGCAGAGCAGUCCCCAGCUGGGCAGCCCGUCUUCCUCCCCUGCCCAGUCGCCCACUCCUGCCCACUUGACCAACAUGAAGAACAUUCGUCCCAGCCUGGCAUCAAUACCCAUCAUGCCUCAGUUUGCCAGGCCCAUCAUCUCCGGACAAGGUGAUGGUCGCUACCCCUUGCUUGGACAGCCUCUUCAUUACAACCCUCCCAUUCGACCUCCCCUGCUCCACGGCCCCCAGAUGUUUCCCAGUCAUCAGAAACACCUAUCAUCCACACAAGCUGCAAGUCAGCAGGCCCUCAGGCUCCUCUGUUCUUCAGGGUCCCACAGGGGUCCGGCACGGUGGCCGAGGAAGGAGACCGACAAAGAAGGCGCUCUCCACAGACCUCAGCUGAGCAGCAGAGUGCUGGAGGUGACUGACCUGCCGGAGGGGAUGCGUCGGGCCGAGGUGGACUUGCUGUUCGCCGAGCUGCGCAGAACGGGCGCUUCCAUCAAGUGGGUGCCGGACCACCAGGCCGCACGCUCCCACCGCGGGCCCGGGGAGAGCGGCGGCGGUGCCACUGAGGGCUCCAAGACCGCCUGUGACCUGGCGAAAGACUACACCAUCCUAGCCCUGUUUCCCUCCCGACACUCAGCGCAGAGUGCCCUCCUCAACCACAGUGGUGCUCUGACUGCGUUCAAACUCAGAACUAGCAAGAGACACUGGGAGAUUCACAGCCUGGAGAGGUCAAGUUCCCAGUGACAUUGCCCCUCACCGCCCCGCACUGCCAUGCCUCACUUCCUGCCACUUCCUCUCCAUUCCCCACUUCCUCUCCACCGAUCACUUCUUGCCUCCAACACUGCCCAUGUUGUGAUCACUUAUGGACUUCGGCUGUAUAAUUUUGGGUUUGCACUCGAAUUGUAAAAACUUCCUUUGCCUUUGUACCGUUCCUGCGAGUUCAGAAUUAACCCCCCCCGCGAAUAUUCGUAAACAAGAGUUUGACACGUCCACCUCUUCCCGGCCUUGAUUUGAACAUGAAACGGCAGCACUUUUUUUUUUUUUUUUUUUUUUUUUUUUUUUUUUUU